GUUGAAAAAACGACAAUCAGGUAGUUUGCGUUGUAUUUACGGCUACGCUAGGCGAGGUGCUACUCCCACGGGUUAGAGAACAUACGACACGACUCAUUCUACUACUUCGUACCAUGGAUCUUUAGCAACAAUUAUUCCUUCCCAUCAUUCUUUAUUUUUUAGCAAAACAACUACGAAAUUAGUCCGGUCUCUUUUCAUCCCACAUCACACGAAUUGGGGCUGCCUGACAUUGAGGAAUUAAGCAAUGCCGCACGUCGGCAUUUUGAUGGAGCGUAGUCUCCAAGAACGUAGCCUUAGGGGUGCGUUCAUGGACCUCUUCGCGCGGAGCGCAGUCGCUGCGCUGGGCAAGCGAGAAUCGGCUGGUUCAAUUUCGGGCGGAAUUCAAGACGCCAAGACUGCCUUCUCCAGUUGGGAUAACUGUAUGCAGGCCGACUUUUGCAAGUGGCCGGUAAUUGCCGUAAUUAUCAUAGGCGGUCUCAUCAUCUUCUCUAUCGUCUGGUGUAUCGCGCGAUGCCUUUGCUGUGGGCUUUCGUGCUGCUGCGAGUGUUGUCACUGUCUAAAAUGCUGCGGUGAAUGUUGCGGGUGCUGUGAUCCCCCUAAAGGAAGGAAAAACAAGUAUCUCGACGAACCAUUUGUUCCACCACACCAUGAAGAGAAUCAAGCCUAUCGCUCGCAAGCGCCAAUGAAUCCAGCAUUUCCCCCGGCACCUUCGCCUUCCGUCCCUCAGUAUGCUGUAUUCGAUGACGGCGACAAGAAAAAUGCGGAUGCAUUGCCUGCUAUGCCAAGCUGGGAGGGCGCAAAAACACAAAAGGUUUUUAUUGAGGAAGAGUCUGUCGAGAUGGAACCGUUGAAGAAGCCGGAGAAUGUCCAGAACAACUCCUUCCCCAUGAGCAAUUUACCACCACAUACGACCACCCCGAGCCCAGUUGCUCCUGAGAACAGAAAUCCUUACGGACCACCGCCUGCACAGGGAGGUCCUAAUGGAUAUAUGGCUGCAGCACGAGCCGGGCCAGACCCAUAUACUGCUAACGGGCAAGGCUAUGACAAUUAUAAUGAUUACAAUGGGUAUGGACAGGCUCCGCAGGAAAAUAUGAACCAGGGAUAUGGUAUGGCAGCUGGAGCAAUGAGAAGCCAAACACCUCACCAGGAUUAUAAUAACGGUUAUGGAAUGGGUGCAACUGAACAAGGCUAUCCACAAUCGCUCUCCCCGAGGCCAUACGAAGAUGAGUACGGCCGCAGUGCCAGUCCUAUGUCAUACGGUGACCCGCCUAGCUACCGUACGGCGCCGAGCAAUAACGGAUAUGACAACCCCUCACGAAUGGGUUCGCCUGGCCCACAAGCAGGUUACGGUUAUGGUAAUCCCAACGGAGCUCCAUCUCGUAUGCGCACCCCCGGUCCACGACCAGGCUACGAUUACCCCCAGAGAUCGCAAACACAAACGCCCAGCUACAACCGACAAUAUCCCCCGGUACCCCAACGACAAUAUUCAGCCGACUCUGCGCGACCGUUGGUGCAGGCAGCGCAAGACCAGCAGUAUUCGGAGGCGCAGGGAUAUUUGGAGAUGCCGAGACAGCAAUCACCUGUCCAGAACAACGGCGGGUUUGACUUCAGCUCCGGCUAUAGCCGCCCGGAAGUUCAUUCUCCGGCGCCAGUACAGACGCAAACAGCGAACGGUGGUUCGGCUUACCCCGGCUAUCGCACAUACCGACCUCAAGGCCAGGCUCAGGCUCAGCCCCAACAGGAUAACUGGAACGGAAUGUAAAUGCGACGAGCGUGAUGGGUCGGUCUUGAUUAGCGAGGGAGCGGAUCGGACGCCAACUUCGGCGAUCUCAUGGACUUUUUCUGUAUUAGUGAACAAGGCGUUUUCAGGAAAGGGGGACGGGGCGGCACGAUCAUCUGCAUAGCAUGACGACGGGAUUCAGAUAUACUAGAGGACUUGCUAUUACUGUUACCAGUACCAGGGAUAGACAGACAGGACUGACUGAUGUACACACAGAGGUACGCUACGGGAUACCUACCUUAUGUAUCUGUAAAUAGGUCCUACUAAGUCUUUUCACUUGUAGGACAGGUGUAAAUAUAAAGGAACGAAUUCGUUUAUGCGCGUGUGGAUGAUUCUUUUAUAAGUGGUUAGUUGAAAUAAAAAUAAGUACAGUUGCGCGGAACUACGAUCCUAUUUUGUUGGAAGACA